AAAUCUUUGCUCUCUCUCUGCCAAACUUGUGUUCUUGCGACCCUGCUCUGCUCUGAUACGUGUCUGAAGCUGAAAACGAUCGAAGAGAAGAUCGGUCGAGGUUGCCGAGGAGGAAGGAAGGAAGGAAGGAAGAAGGCGACGAUGGUGGAUUUGGUGAACGGCGUGCUCAACUGGGUGGCGACGCCGGCCAUGGUGGCCAGCCUGCUGCUCUUCUACCCGCCCUACUACCUCUUCAAGACCGUCCACUCCUUCCUCUCCUACCUCUUCCCCGACGACCUCGCCCGCAAGGUCGUCCUCAUCACCGGCGCCUCCUCCGGCAUCGGCGAGCAAUUAGCAUACAACUAUGCUCUGAACCGGGCAUCAUUGGUCCUUGUUGCAAGAAGAGAAUGGAGCCUGCGUAAAGUUGCCGAUCAAGCGUUCGAGCUUGGAGCACCUGAUGUGAUCAUUCUUCCGGGCGACGUUGCGAAUCCUGAAGACUGCAAAAGAUUUGUUCAGACCGCAAUCGAUCACUACGGGCGAUUGGACCAUCUUGUGUGCAACGCUGGCAUCGCAAGUGUUGGCGCGUUUCAGGAGAUUCCAGAUGUUACUAACUACAGCUCUCAAUUUGAUGUGAACUUCUGGGGUUCAGUUCAGUCAACUUUUGAAGCUCUCCCUCAUCUGAAAAGGAGCCGAGGAAGAAUCGUUGUUACUGCGUCGGCAACCGGAUGGAAUCCUGUUCCAAGAAUGACCUUCUACAAUGCUGCCAAUGCUGCACUGAUAAACUUCUACGAGACGCUGCGGACAGAGCUUGGUAGCCAAGUUGGAAUCACAAUUGUAACACCUGGGUGGAUCGAGUCUGAGAUGUCAAAAGGGAAAUUUCUCAAGGAUCAUGGUGAAAUGGAGGUCGAUCAAGAAAUGCGAGAUGCUCAAAUUGGUUUAUUUCCCGUGGAGUACGCGAAGAAUUGCGCAAAAGCCAUGGUACAAGCGGUUCGGCAAGGGAAGCGUUGUCUCACCGUGCCACCAUGGUUCAGCACAAUGUACCUGUGGAGGGUAUUCGCACCGGAGGUCGUCGAGUUCUGCUACCGCCUCCUGUACAUGCACCGCCAUGGUGGUAGCCAAGCUGAUGCGCCGAGCAAGAAGAUGGCUGAGGCUGGUGGAAAGAAGCUCUUGUAUCCAACGUCGCUGCGCUCUGAUGACAUCAAGGAUGAGUGAAUGCCCAGUUCUUCUGAGCAUGAACUUCAGUAUAUUCCUCUGAAGAACUCUGCAGGUCUGAACCUUCCAUGAAAUGGGCCAAAUAGAUAAAAUCUUAGUAUGAACUGUGGCUAUGAUCAUGGAAAAAUAUGUAUGUGCUACUAUUCUGUGUAUGAAUAAGUUGUGUUCUAAUAGUGCUGUGUUCUUAACUGGUAUGAAUUAUGCAUCCUAUUUACCACUAAAAA